AGUGCCGGGGACGAACCGACCACUACUGUGUCAACCCGUCUGUGUGCCGUCUCACAUUGAGGAAUACUGGGCGAUUUAACUGAAUGUUUUAUUCACUGCUUUGCUUUUGCGCGGCACCAAGGACGACCGGGAAGGCGAAUUUUGCUUCGGCGGCACAGACCCACUGCUGAGGCAUCAACCCGAUUUACAUCCCAGUGCUUGGCACUAAAUGGUUUUGCCAUGUGGAAGAUAACUUAAUGCCCCACCUUUAACUCUUUGGGCCUUCCCAUGUCUGAGGGCAGUGAUCCAAACAACUACCUGUACUCAACCCUGGAAGGUUGUGAACGGAACCGUGAAAGGGUCGACUUCCAGGUGGAGGAGGAGGAGCGCUCUCCCUGUGGCUCCAUUAGCCAACAUCACCGCAUGGCCAGCAGUUACGGCGAGGGUUGUGGAGGGCGGAGCGGGGUGGAACUGGAACCCGAGUUAGGAUUGGCCUCCGAGGGAAGUGACAGCAGCCAUGAGCACCCGGCCUCACCGGGCUCCCCACACGAGGACAGGAAGCGACCACGGCCGCCUUUACAUGAAGAUGUAGAGAUGGGUGGCAGCGGCUCAAGUGGGAGUGGGACAGAAUCCCAUGGUAAUGAGUCACAUGGCAAUGAGUCCCAUGGCAAUGAAUCGGUGGGCAGCUCCAAUGGCAAUGGCAAGGAUUCCGCUAUCAUGGAGUCUUCAGGGAGCAACAAGAGCUCGAACUCUCACAGCCCCUCACCGCCAAGCAGCUCCAAUGCCUUCAGUCUGGUGAGCUCCGAGCAGGACAACCCUUCAACCAGCGGCUGCAGCAGCGAACAGUCAGCCAAAGCUAAGACACAGAAGGAGCUCCUCAAGACCCUAAAGGAGCUAAAGAUGCACUUGCCGUCUGAAAAGAGGAGCAAGGGCAAGAGCAGCACCCUCAACACGCUCAAAUAUGCUCUGCGAUGUGUGAAGCAGGUGAAAGCUAAUGAGGAAUACUACCAAAUGCUGAUGAUUAAUGACAGUCAGCCACCAGGGUUCGAUGUAUCUUCCUACACCAUUGAGGAAAUCAACAGCAUCACCUCUGAAUACACCCUUAAAAAUACUGAUAUAUUUGCUGUAGCCGUGUCUCUCAUCACGGGUAAGAUUGUUUACAUCUCAGACCAGGCAGCAUCCAUCUUGAACUGCAAGCGGGAGGUGUUUAACAAUGCCAAGUUUGUGGAGUUCUUGACCCCUCAGGACGUCAGCGUGUUCUACAGCUUCACCACGCCCUACCGUCUGCCUUCAUGGAGCAUGUGCACCGGAGCAGAGUCGUCUCCCACGGAGUGCAUGCAGGAGAAGUCCUUCUUUUGCCGCAUCAGUGGUAGUAAGGAGCGCGACGGGGAACUACAGUACCUUCCCUUCCGCAUGACUCCAUACCUGAUGAAAGUCCAGGAUGCGGAGCUGGCUGAGGAACAGUUCUGCUGCCUCCUGCUGGCUGAGAGGGUACACUCCGGAUACGAAGCACCCAGAAUUCCUCCUGACAAGCGUAUCUUCACCACCACACACACACCCAACUGUGUGUUCCAGGAUGUGGAUGAGAGGGCUGUUCCUCUGCUGGGUUACCUCCCUCAGGACCUGAUCGGGACCCCUGUGCUACUCAAUCUGCACCCAAGUGACCGACCCUUGAUGCUGGCAGUGCAUCGCAAGAUUCUGCAAUAUGCAGGGCAGCCGUUCGAUCACUCCUCGAUCCGUUUCUGUGCAAAAAACGGCGAGUUCAUCACCAUCGACACCAGCUGGUCCAGCUUUGUCAACCCCUGGAGCCGCAAGGUGUCCUUUGUCAUCGGCAGGCACAAAGUUCGCAUGGGUCCUGUGAAUGAAGAUGUUUUUGCGGCACCAGCUUUCCAUGGAGGGAAGAUCAUGGAUUCAGACAUCCAGGAAAUUAGUGAACAGAUCCACAGGCUGCUACUCCAACCGGUCCACAACAUGGGCUCCAGUGGUUACGGUAGCCAUGGCAGCAAUGGUUCCCAUGAGCAGCUGGUGAGCAUCAGCUCAUCCAGUGAGAGCAAUGGUAACGUCACAACAGGGAAGACAGCAGAGGAGACGGGCAAGGCUAAACCUCCCAGGACAUUCCAGGAGAUUUGUAAAGGGGUUCACAUGCUGAAGAACCAGGACUCCCAGGUUGGCCUGCACUCCCCUUCGCCUUCGCCCUCACCCUCACCAUCCAAGCCUGAGCAGAGGAAAAGCAGUGACACAGCAGCGGGAGCUCAGAAGAGUCCAGCGGUGCGGCUGAAAGACUUGGCGCCCCCCCUGCAGGUCAGAGACAGCAUGGAGGACUUCCCCUGCAAGGACCAGACUGUCCACUCCUACCAGCAGAUCAGCUGCCUUGACAGUGUCAUUAGGUACUUGGAGAGUUGCAAUAUUCCCAUUACAGUGAAGAGGAAGUACCAGUUCUCCUCCAACACCACAUCCUCUAACUCAGAUGAUGACAAGAGGGGCUCAGAGGAUGGCGUGCAAGUGCUUCCAGAUGGAAACCCAGACCCUUUGAUGCUAGAAGCCCAGCCAGGUCUUUCAAACAUGAAAGCACCAAAGAAGCCUCCAUCUGGAGCAGCUGCUGUGGUUGGAGGCCCCCUGGCACCCCUCACUCUGCCCAGCAAAGCUGAGAGUGUGGUGUCUAUCACCUCACAGUGCAGCUACAGCAGCACCAUUGUCCAUGUCGGAGACAAAAAGCCGCAGCCAGAGUCUGAGAUUAUUGAGGACGUGGCAGAGAGCCCAGCACCCCCGGCUCUGCCUGUCAGCGUGGUGUCUCCACCCAGCCAGGAGAAGGAGGCAUACAAGCGUCUGGGACUGACCAAACAGGUGCUGGCUGCACACACCCAGAAAGAAGAGCAGGCCUUCCUCACCCGCUGCCGAGAACUUGUCAAUGCCAGGACCUUCCAGAAGGACUGUUCGACAUAUCUGCACAAGCAGAGAGAGCCAGCCAAUGCUGAAGGAUCAUCUGGACCACGAGGUGCAGCCAAACAGGGCACCACAAGGCCAGAGACUACUGCCAAGAAGGGCAUCCGCAACAGGAAGUCAAAGAAGCCACGGAUGAAGCAUCCUGAGUCGUCAGACAGCGCUGUGUCAAACCGCAAACCGCGGCCCCCUCUUCAGGGUCUCAACCAAACCUCAUGGUCGCCGUCAGAAGCAUCUCAAUCAGCUUUUAACGUCUCCUACCCAGCCAUGGUGCCUGCCUACCCGCUUUACCCGCCAGCACCUGCUGCCCCAGCUCAGGCCCCACUCCCUGACCCUUCCCUUUCUGCAGGCUUUGGAGAUGGGCAGAGCACUCAAGCCCCACCUGCUGCCACUCCAUAUCCUGCACCCAUUGUUACACCUGUGGUGGCCUUGGUGCUACCCAAUUACCUGUUCUCCCAAGUAGGACAGUUGGGUCAGAUUGGGCAGCUGGGAGCUGCCCCUAGACCAACAUUUUUCCCUGAGCAGACACAGACACAACCUGCAUAUACUACUCAACAGCCCUUUCAGCCCCCGCUGCCAGCCUUCACCAUGCAAACACAACCCGCUUACACCAGCCAGCAGCCGUUUCCUGUGCAGACCGCCUUUGCCCCCCAGCAGCCAUUCCAAACAGCUCAGACCCCCUACACUACCCAGCAGCCCUUCCAGGCCCCUCAGACCCCAUUUACCACCCAACAGCCCUUCCAGGCUACCCAGACCCCCUAUACUGCCCAGCAGCCUUUCCAGGCCACUCAGACUGCCUACACUGCCCAGCAGCCCUUUGCUGCCCAGCCUUCUUUCUCAGUGCAGACUCAGUUUGUGGCCCAAGCCCCAUAUCCAUCUCAGCCCUUCCCUUACAGCCUAGCCUCAGAGCCCCCCAAAGCUUUGGUCCGAGAGGGGGCGGCAUCACGCUCCUCCACCCCCGCCUCUGGAGCAAGGGAGCCAGCAACAUCACCGCCACUGUUUGAGUCACGUUGCAGCUCGCCACUUCAACUCAAUCUACUGAGUAUGGAGGAAGGCCAGCGCUCAGUGGAACGGCUUGACAGCACAGUGCCCCCUGCUGGAGGCCAGGGACACAGCACAACAGCAGCAUCAGGGGCAGCUGGAGCUGCAGGGGAGAAAAACAGAGGCAUUGUCAAAAGUGAAAACCACCAACAGGUGUCAUGCAAGGAGUCUGCAGGAGAUGGGGCUCACAGCGACGGUAACUCCUCAUCCUGUGACCUGCUAGACAUCUUGCUGCAGGAGCAGGAGGACUCCCACUCUGGCACCGGAUCAGCCACCUCAGGCUCCAUGGGCUCAGGAUGUGGCUCCGGAUCUGGCUCCGGAUCAGGCUCAGGAUCAGGCUCAGGCUGUCGUACUUCAGGUAGUGGAGCUUCUGGCAGCAGAGCAGGGAGCAGCAACACCAGCAAAUACUUCGGCAGUGUUGACUCCCUGGAGCAUGACCCCAAGGCCAAUGCCAAGACGAGAGGUGAAGGAAGCUCUGAAGGUGGUCAGUCGCAGGCCAAGGUCCCAAGCCAUGGGGAUGGAGAGCAUUUCAUCAAAUAUGUUCUCCAGGAGCCCCUCUGGCUGCUUAUGGCUAAUGCUGACGACAAGGUCAUGAUGACUUAUCAGAUGCCAUCUAGGGACAUCCAGAAGGUUUUGAGGGAAGACAAGGAGAGGCUGAGACAGAUGCAGAAGAGCCAGCCACACUUCUCCUCUGACCAACGGCGAGAGCUAGUUGAGGAACACCCCUGGAUGAGGAGGGGAGGUCUACCUGCUGCUAUUAAUGUCAAGGAGUGUGUGUACUGCGAAGAUGCAGCCGCACCCAUCGAGGAGGACCUGCCAGACAUGGACAUGGGUGAGCUGAGAGUGGAGCUGAGUCAGGAGGGCCAGAACGGUCGGAGCCAAUCAGAGGAGUCUCAACCUCAAGCAGACACUGGCUCCUGAACACACGCACACUGCCAGCUGUGAGAUACACUAUCAGACAUGGACCCUCACGACAUAUACACACACAAAAACACACAAUGUGGAUGACAAACACAAACAACAUGAACUCAUCAGAACGCUGAGUUGCCAUUGUGGGUGUAUUUGAGAAUGUGUGCCACUGGUGUGGUCAUCAUGUGUUCUGUGUGUCGCACGGAGGACUGCUGCUGAAUAGCAGUUCUUGUUGCUCCCCCGUAGGGGGCAGUAAUGAGGGUCUAUGUAUGUAAGACCCUUGCCAGGUAUGCCAGGUAACACAUACACGCUGACACACUCUAAGUGGAUCUGGACCCAGCCUGUGAGGUUUGUUAACCUUUGGCCUCCCUCAUAUGUUUCUAUUUAUUUGUUUCCCAUCUGCUGUGUCAGGGCAGAUCUUUACAGCAACAUGAGCAGUUAUCAGUUCUUAAAAAGACAAACAUAAUAGUUGAUGGACAUCUUAUACAUAUAAAUGAUUAUGUAUUUAUAUAUUGGCAUAAUGAUUUUAAUUAAACAGUACAAAGAUGUUAUUAACAAAGAGCAGGGGGUAUCUGUUAAAAUGCUCUGCCGCCAGACAUUAUGUUAGUGCUGUUUUGCUCCAUGGUCCCAUUCAAGUCCUUUAAACCCCAGGACCCCCUUUAUUUUCCCAUUUGGAAGUAUGUAGAAUAGUUGAGAGGCUUAUUGGAUGAUGUAGUCCAGGUCAAAGGGAAGGGACUCCACUUUAGUGUCAUUGAUGUGUCUUUAUUUCCACAUGUCUGAGUAUGUUAAAUACCCAGGCACACAGCAGUGGUAUAUCCUGACUCAAUAGCCGACAAGAAAAACACAAUAAUGACAAUCUGAUACGAAGUACGGGAUAUUGAUUGAAUCAAGCAUCCUAUUUAUUUUUGCAAGAUAUUGUAUCUAGAAUAGUUUUUUUUCUAAGCUUAAGCCAAAUCCAUUCAGCUGAAAGACAGUACUUUAUAUAUGAAAAAUGUACAUGUAUUGACAGUUAACUCCACAUAAAUUAAAGUCACUUCCCUCUGAUGAUUAAAAGCUGGAGCCAGCUUAGAUUGCUAACCUCUGAGUGUUUUGAGGAGUGGGUUUGAGAAGCUGCUGAAAAUGUUUUUCUUUUGUCAAACAGUCAACAAUAGAAAAUCAGUGCACACAAAGCAGAGAUUGAAAGGACAGAGGUUAAACAAACAAACAAGAUCUGUGGGAUUUGCAUUUAAUUUUAAACAUCCAAUUUGUAUCUUGAAUAUUAAACAUUAUGUUUUCUUUUUAAGAGAGCUAUAACCAUGCUUGUUGCAGAAAAUUGCUAAAAUUGUUAACUAAUAUUACUUUUCUGUCCUUAUGGUGCAGCUCUACCACAAAAUGUCAUUUUUAGAACAAACCAGUGCAAUUGUAGGCAUUUGCACAUUAUGCAAGAUGAUGUCUCCUUUCAGGGACAUUUCCUUUGCUCAUAUUUUCACACAUCUUUUUGUACAGAUCCCAGAGUAUUUUAAAAGCUAUUGGUCAAAGAGUUUUGUGAUACCAUGUUCUGAACAGAGGUCAAUAUCCAACAUAAACACUGAAACAAAUAUGGAAUGAUGAUGGUGGGUAAACAGCAUUACAGUUGUAGCAAAUAUGGGGACCAUGUUGCCUAAGUGUUGUGGGUUACACAAGAAAUGGCAACGCUCAUGUAUUAGCAACCAUGCCAGCCUCUCAUUAUCAUGAUUAAGUAUUAAGUAAACUGUGAUUCACACUGGGUCCAUGCAGUCAAGGUAAAUAGGACAUGAACUGGGAACAACUCUGGUCCCAUAGCAGAGAAACUCUUGGGCUUGUGAAUGUAACUCAGACUGGACCAAGACUAUCUCACUGGCUUAGUAGGUUCUUUAUGUUCUUUUGAUUCUUUUCAUUUCUUGUUCACUUGUGAUAUUUUUUUAUUGUUCUAUUUUUCUAUUUUAUUCCCUUGUGUAUUUUAUUUUGUUUGCUUGACGAAAGUAAGAGUUUAUGAGUGUCGCCAGUGACGGACCCUACCUCUAAUAAAUACCAGGUCAUGUUACUGUAUGCAGAACAUAGCAUGUGUAUACUCACGUGGACAUAGCGCAGUGGACGGAGAGGUCAAAUACUUGAGUGAUUCUGGUGACUGAUGGGUUUGUGCAGAGAGUCUCUAUCUCAGACUGACGGGGGUGUGUGGACUCCUAUGAAUGAAUGAAUGAAUGAAUGAAUGAAUGAAUGAAUGAAUGAAUGCACACGGGGCAGUCGCCUGUCACCACCUUUAGCAACUACAGUCUAUUUCUCGUCUUUUGUCUAUUUUCUGUGCAAAAUAUCGUGAAGGGUGUCCUCCAACACUCACCUGUGUUUAAUCCAUUAAGAGUACAAGUACAGUUAUUUAUUCAUUUGGAAACUGAGAUGCUCUGAAUGCUGAGAGCAAGCCGGGGAAUCAUGCUGCAGUAGUGUUAAAGCCUUACCUUCCUUACGGAGGGAAACCAUUUUUAAAUGAAUUACACACUGGUAGGUCAUUGGAAGCACCCUUGCCUGUAAAUGCGUACACAUGGUACUGGCACAUGAUGCUGUGUACAGUCUUGUAAAUUUGUUUCAUUGCCACUGCCCGUGGUAUGUUAAACUAGCACAGUUCUGUGCAAUUUUGUAGGUAAACUGUGUUUGAAACAUGGAUACAAUGUUGUAAUAAAAUGACAGAAACAUAA